AUGAAUGUAAUCAAAAAACUUAAUACCCAUAAUAUCACUUUGGAACAAGGAUUUAAAAAAAGAAAAAUCGAUGCGGAAGUAGUAACUGAAAUAAGAAAAAGAUUAGCAAUCUUAACAAAUAUAAUAAAUAAUGGUGAGGAAAAGCAAGAUCGAACUAGAAUAGGUACCAAAUCACUAUUAGGUUGUCAAAUGCGAUUUGGUCUCCAAGGAGGUUUUCCAUUACUAACUACCAAAAAAGGAGGGAAUUUAGUAAAAUUUGCCGAAAAAAUAAAAACUGAUAAUGAUUUUGCUCAAAAACAUGGUGAUUUGGGAGUACCUUUUAAUAUUGCUUCUUAUAGUUUACUAACUAUGAUGAUAGCCCAAGUUUGCGGUUAUAAAUUAGGAGAAUUUAUUCAUGCCCUUGGCGACGCUCAUAUUUACUUGAACCAUUUUGAACAAGUUAAAGAACAAUUAACCAGAGAACCCAAAAAAUUACCAAUUGUGAAACUUAAUCCCAAAAUAAAAUCGCUUUUUGAUUUUUGUUAUGAAGAUAUUAGUUUAGAAAAUUAUGACCCUUAUCCACCAAUUAGAGCCAAACAAUGGGAUAUGACGGGGACGACAACUGACGGAGUUGGAUUUUUGGAAAGAAUAGAAACCAUGGACCAAAAUUACCUUAUUGGCAAAGACAAUAAAUUGCCCUGGAAAAUUCCCGCCGAAAUGAAAUACUUUUCGCAAAUUACUUUUGGAAAUGCAGUUUUAAUGGGUGCUAAAACUUUCGAAAGCAUUGUUGAUUUACAAUCUGCUUUAACUAAUGAAAGUCAACAAAUAAAGUACUUUCCUGAUUAUCAAGUCUUUGAUGAUGAAUAUUUAAAUGAAGAAUAUCCAAUAAACCAAGAAACACAACGGAGUACAUUUUUGCAAGAGAUAGUUGUUGAUAAAUAUAAUCAAUUCAGAAAUAUUGAUGGGGGAGAAUUAGAUUUAAACUUUGAAAUAUUUGGUUAUGACAAUAACAUUGAAAAAAUGCAAGGUUCUUUAAAGUUAAACAACAUUCCCAACCUAGUGUCUUUGACACUUCCAGAAAGUAAAAUCGAUUAUCUUGAAGUAAUUAAUUGCCCUAAAUUGCAAACCAUUAAUUGUUAUGGCAACAAACUUGUUGAUGUGAAACUUGAACAGUUAAAUAAUCUUACUAAUUUAUCAUGUUCUAAAAACCAACUCAAAAAAAUAGAUUUGAGUGGUUGUCCCAAUCUAGAGAGUCUUGAAUGCUUUGACAAUCAACUAGAAAAAUUGGAUGAAAACAAGGAAAACGAAAAGCUGGAGAAAUUAGACAUCGCAAGCAACAACUUUCCUAAACAAGAUUUAAGAUUUCUAAUUGGUUUGAUUAAUUUAAAAGUGCUGAAAUUAGGAAAUAAUAAUCAAACAAAAAUCGAAAACAAAAUUGUUAAUCGCUUUGAUGGAAGUUUAGGAUUUCUAAAAUACAAUUCUAAACUAGUUGAAUUGGAUAUUUCUCAUACAAACAUCAAUAGUGCGCUUAAAUUUUGGUUAGAAGAAGAAAUAAAAGAAUAUGAAAAAUUAAUAUAUCAAGAACGACAACUUACCAUUCGAACUGAUGGACAAACUGGUGUUAGCCGAGCAGUUCUUGAUGCUGCUUUGGAACAUAAUAGCAAAAAAGACACGACUUUUCUUGUUCAUGUCACUGGGUUAGAAGAAGAUGGUGAGAUUCCACUACACUAUCCAUUAAUUGAAACUGAAUUCCAAGAUUAUUCCACAAGAACUAAAACCAACAUUCUAUAUGCCGACGCUACUUUGGUUUUGCGGUUAUUAAAUUCUGACCUAAGUCAAGAUGGAACUUUGUUUGAUAUUCAAGAGGCUAGCAAACUUCAAAAAGAAUGCAAGAUUAUUUACCUUGAUGAUAGUAAUAAUAACAUUGAUGAAUUCAUGACUGAAUUAUUAAAAAAGAAACAAGAUGAAUAUAAAUGUGGGUUAAAACUUUACUUUACUACCACCAAUUCCACUUCGAACAUUACGUUUUUGUCACUUUCAACUGCUCGGAACAUUAAAGAACAAAAAUAUUUUAUUACUAUCGCCCAAGUUUGUGCUCUCCGCAGUAAGGACCCUAAUACCCAAGUGGGAGUAGUAAUAGUUAAUGGUAAUAAAGAAAUCAUUGCUACCGGUUAUAAUGGUUUACCGUGA